GGAAGAGCGUGUAGCAGAUAGAUACACUAAGUUAACAAUGUUCAGAGUUUGUUUUCGUACACGCUGGCAAGUUGGCAACACUGGCUGGAGUUUUUGACAGUGACAGAUUUCAGAUUCUGCUUGGCUUGCUCGUUUGUUUGUAUACCGUAAUUACCGUAUUACACAGAAGUAUUUUGAUUUUGAAAUGGCUGAAAUUGCAGUCAAGAAUGUGGAAAAUGCUUGCGAAACUGCAGAAGAAUUCACCAGAGUAUUUUAUAAGCAAGUGGACAACAGCAGACACUUAACCUCAAAAUUGUACCUGGACACCGGACUUUUAGUUUGGAAUGGUAACGGCAUAACUGGCAGUGACAGAAUUCAGCAGUUUUUGUUGGACUUGCCUGCUAGCAACCAUGUGCUGAAAACUCUGGACGCCCAACCGAUAGCGGAAGCUCUGGUGAACAAUAAGCUGACAUACCUAAUCCAAGCGUGUGGAGACGUGACCUACCAGAAUGACGAAGUAAAGAAGCCAUUCCAGCAGACUUUCCUGAUUGUUGCGGUCGAUGGCAAGUGGAAGAUUGCGUCAGAUUGCUUUAGAUUGCAAGUACCAUACUCUACAUAAGAUGGUGCAAUUGGUAGACAGGAUAAUGAAUUGUGUGUUAAUGUUAUGCAAAAAAGGAGAUUAGUGAACAAGUGUUUGGUUCCAAGACUUGCUAUUCUUAAGAAUAAUAAUAAGAAUAUAUAUUGAAAACCACCAUUGUAAAGUGUCAUUUAUAAUGUUUGAUAUAAAUGUAAUAUUCACAAA